AGCAGUAGAAAUAGAGAGAAAGGGGUGUGGAAAUCCGUGUGGUGUUCACCCGAUCGUUCUGUGGAAACAUUUGUAAAUAAUUUGAGGUCAGGUACUCUUCUGCCCGUUGGCGACUUAGCAACGACGAGUACACUGCCCUGGUUAAAGGGUGUGUAUUUAGCAUCAGUUGCAGAAUUUGUAAGGGAUGUUAUAAGGCUGAGCCAUAGAGAUGACCAGUCAGUGACGGGUGGUUCUGUGUGUGUGUGUGUCUGUAUUGGACUGACCCAGACAUGGCUACUGCUAGAAAGACCUCUGUGACCAAGGCUGGAGGUGUCCGCUUCUCAGAAGAGCCUGCCGCUACUGCCUCCUCUGGCACCCCGUCCCAUGUCCACUUUGAUGAGAAGCUCCAUGACUCAGUCGUCAUGGUGAUCCCUCAACCUGAUGGGAACUUCAUGGUGAAGGUUGGUUUCUUGAAGACCCAGCACAAGUAUGAAAUAGUGUUCACCCUCCCUGAGGUUCCAUCACUGGGAACGGAUGUGUGUCCAGCUCCUGUACCCAACCCACACAUCCGGAUCACUGACAUCAGUCGAGUAGCGGAGGGGGGUCUGAGAGUGACAUGUGAGUACAUGGCCCACCAGGAAGGGGUAUUGUGCGAGGAGGUGGUGCUGGUCAGUGAGACCCAAGAGGACGUCUGCGUUGGGGUGAAGGUUCAUGCCCGUGUCAUGGACCGUCACCAUGGUACCCCCAUGCUGUUGGAGGGAGUGCGUUGUGUGGGAGCGGAGUUGGAGUAUGACUCUGAACAGAGUGACUGGCAAGGAUUUGACUAGAGCAGGCAAUGUUACACAUGCACGCACAUACAUACAUACAUACAUACAUGCAUACAUACAAAAAAGACAAUGCCACACUUAUGAUAUAUUCAAGCUCACCAUCAAUUCAACACUAAAUGUUCCCUGACCAUGUAAAUUGUUUUGGUCCUAAAACAGAGGGGAAUAUUUUCUCUGGAGAUGUAUAAUUUCAGCCUGUAGUUGUUAAAGCCUAAACUGGUCCUGUUUGUUUAGUGUACUAUGUCGCCCAUUUCAUAUGAAAUGUUAUGACAUACAAUAUGUAUAUGGUGUGCAAAAUAAUGUUCUGUUGAGCACCCUUCUAGUUUAAUUUGUUAAGCCUUCUAAAAUGCAUCUGAAUGCGGUAGAAUGUUUUUAAUAACAGUUCUUAGUAUUUAAACCAUGUUGUCCAUCUGGCCAUACCUUUCUGCUGUCUGUCCGGUAUUGAAUGUGUUCUGAGUAAACCUAAGGGGGGCAGCAAAGCUCAUUUAUUCAAACCAGAUUGUAGCCUAUUUCACUUAGCAAUGCUUCAACUGUACCAACAGGGGGUGACAAAGACCUCUAAAGGUUUUCCACCCUUCUGAAUUCAAAGGUCUGCAAAAUGAAGUGAUCAAAAAGGAGUUAUUUUAAGUAAAAUCUUUAUAUUACUUAAAAGAAUGUGUAUGAAUCAAUCGCAAGUGCCUAUGUUGCUGUACAGCUUUUACCAUCAAAUACUGCCUUUUGUCCUGUACUGUUCAUCUGCCACUCGUUCAUCUGCCCUGCAGAAGUUUAAAGCAUUUUAGAAUCUGCACUCAAGAGUGUGGGCUUUUUUAGAAUUUAAAUGUAAAUUUGAAAAGUAUAUUCAAUGUAUUUUGCAAGGAUUAAAUAUUACCUCAAUGGGUAGUACCUUUGGUAGUAAAUUGACAUUAAAAAAAUAUUUGUAAUCUUCUGUUAAGCAAACUUUUUUUUUUUGUUAGCCACCAUGAACAUGUUAACUAGUGGCUCUUCCCCUUUCGCUCCAAACCUCAAACUACCCUCAUUAAGCCUUGCCCUAGACUAAAAUUAAGCAUAGUCCUAGACUAAAGGCAUAAAGCUCUCUCCUUUUGAGAUGAUUAUUUUUGCUUGAGCACAAGGUUUAAUUAGUGUCUGUGAAACCGGCCCUCCGUAUACUGUCAGUAGUUAGUCACUGUAAUCUAACGAGCCUACCCACUGAAUAGGAAUUUCCGGUGUCCAACAGUAACAAUCUUGGUUUUUCACAUAGUUGGGUUGUUCCACCAAUUCUGUGCCUUGCGAAUGGUGUUAUGCCACUCUGCACGUGUCAUCAUUAUUUCAGUGACAUUUUACUUGCUAUUCCAGAAACCAACCAAAAGGAGCUAUUUCCUGAUUACUUAAAUUUGAGAUUCAAACAUCGGCAUGUCUUUACCUUGGACGUGAUGUGUAACAAACAGUAUGGAAGCUUUCAUUUAUGUUCUAUUUUUGAAAUGUUUUACCACUUUUUACGUGCCAAAUAAAGUAAAAGGAAGAAGUUAACUAAGAAGACAAAUCUUAUGCCAAUGGGGAGUGAAUGUACUAGCACAGCGAAUACAUGAAAAGAGAGAAGAGAAGGCGGUCUUCUUACAUUAAGUGUUCCCCAUUGUGGGAUAGAAUACCAUUUGUUAGUUCCUAUUGUCAUCUUGUCAUACCUAGCUAGAUGCUUAAUAAACCGUUCACAGCAUUUUAUAUAUUUUCUGUUUUGAGAAAUAAAUAUGCGUUGAGAAAUCCUAUUCUGACAAACUGAUGAUCUCAGAAUAAAGGUGCUAUUUUAGGUACAAAACCUUCCCUAGUUUGUGUUUUCAAUAUUCAAGAUGACCUCAAUCUGCUUUAGAAUGUAAGCGGGAGAAAAGUUUAUGACUGGUUGUUUUGACCACUCAAAAAGCAGCAAUUCAAAUGGCCAAUAGCUAGCUUGGAAAACUUUGUAAUGUCUGUAAUGUCCCUUUAAUGUCUAAAUAACUUUGGGUACAUACAUAUAAAAGAACUGUUUAGCUGAGCAACUGUUAUUUACUGCUUUUUUGCAUCUAAUGUACUUUCAAAAAGUGACUGAUAUUACUGUAUUCUGUUGCUGGUGGAUCAGCCAACCUCAGUGGGGCGUUAAUGAGUUAAUAGAGUUGCAGAAACCGUAUCUAUUUAACCUAUCCAAUAAUAUCAGGAAGGAUCAGUCAAUUUUAAAGUACAUUAGCUGUAUGAUAUCAAUAAAUAUCAUUGUUGUUCAGAAACCGCUGGUUGGCUUGAAUCCUUUUAUUCAAAUUAAUUACAUUACACCCAUAUGCCAAUUUUAUUUUCAGACAGUUAUUAUAUUUUAAAUAGCUAUUUAUUAUAAAAGCAAAACAUAGAACUGCCAUGUUUAAAAAUGCUGGCAUUUUUUAAGAGUAAUUGUUUUCUAUGUUAAGGAGUACUAUUUAAUAUAACAUCCUUUACAUAUUCAAUAUUGGUGCACACUUAAAAUAUCAAAGGAACUUUUUUGGUGGAGCAAUCUUGCUUUAUGAACAGACAUGCAAUUUUUUAUCAUGUCAGACAAUCUCUGUGUUAAAUGCGUUUGGCCUUAAUGGAGAAUAAGCUUUCUAUCUUUUCUGUUUUAUAUGUCUGCGUACAAUAGUCUCUAAUGUCGAACAUAUUAACCCUUUUUUUUCUGGUGUAGGCUCAGGUCAGUUCCAUUUAAGUUCCAGUCAUUUUUGGAGUACACACAAAUUCUGCAAUUGGGAUAUAGAAUUUGAUUAACUUUCUGAAUUAAUCCUGGGUUGGAAAUGAGAUGACAGUGAAAUAGAGUUGGGGUGCAAGGCAUGCUACCUGGUCCUGUGAACAGGCUUAUAAGCAGAAAGGUUGGGUGCGCUGUUUGGGAAUCAUUCAUUUUGCACUCCGGUUGACUGAUCCAUUGUGAUAGCCAGUGUCUGCUCUUACUCUGCUGAGGGUUUGCAGUUGUAGGCUGGGACUGACGUCUGUGAAUGCAUGUUCCCUUUAGGUGUCUGUCACUGUGAUCAAUCUUGUAAUGCCUCGAAACAAUAAAGUUUGUACUUGUUUAACUGUG